AUAGCAAAACUCGAAGGAGGUCAAUUUGAAGUCGAGGAGGAGCUGAGCAGUAGCAGUAGCAGUAGCAGUAGCAGCAGCAGCAGUAACGAGUCGAGUCGAGCCCCAUUGAAGAAUCAAUCACUUCUCAGAUCUUCGGACACAAUGCCCUCCUGACCUCACAAUAUACGAUCGGGAGCAAUGGAUGUCGAUAGCUCUAUUCCCGUGUCUGAAAAUCGAGCUGAUCUUGAUAGUAAUCUAACCAUGUCUUCACAAGAAAAUGGAAACAUUAAUGGCUGCGUGGAAGUCGAAGAAAUGUCUGAGAAUCUCGGGGAGCCGGUGACGAACUUGAACAAUUCGGAAACUCUAGAAUCUGCCCAAGUUUUUGCAGAAGAGACCGUUGAGUCUACUGAAUCUGGAGUUAAAGAGACCGAUGAUGCGAAGAAUUCAAAGCCCGCGAAUGCCAAGUCCAGGACUAAGAAUGGGAAACCUGUCGGCACCGGACAUGGUUUGGGCAAGACCAAAGUCGUGAAAGAGGCGACGGCGUCUUCCGGUGCCUCAAACGGCAAUCCCGCUCCCGAAUCUCAUGCUAAACGUCUCCCCGCCGUCAGGACAAAAGGAAAGUCAUCGAAUGAGAAACAAAAGGCUAACAACGUAAGAGGAGCGACUGUCCAAAACAAUCCUGAGGGACUUUCCGACGCGCCACUGUCUUCCGCAAGUGGAGAACAGAUCGAAGAGCUCUCAGAGAAGAGAAAGCUGGAUAGCGGCGGUAAAGGCGCCGCAAGCAAAGUCGACGAAUUCUCGGAGUCUUCAUUAAGUCCCACUGCUGGAGAUGCGGUGCCCCGAAGAAUCGGCGCUCUUCCAAGCUAUAAUUUCAGCUUUAAAUGCGACGAGAGAGCUGAAAAGCGCAGAGAGUUUUAUUCGAAACUCGAGGAAAAGAUUCAGGCCAAGGAAGCGGAGAAGACUAAUAUGCAAGCCAAGACUAAGGAAACACAAGAUGCUGAGAUCAAAAUGUUGAGAAAAAGCUUGGCAUUCAAAGCUACGCCGUUGCCGAGCUUCUAUCAAGAGCCUCCGCCUCCUAAGGCCGAAUUAAAAAAGCAGAUUCCGACAACGCGAGCUAAAUCUCCAAAGCUUGGUCGAAAAAAGGGUUCGUCGCCUAAAGCUGAGUCCAACGAAAACGGUUCGCUCAACGCUCGCGUGGCAAGGCUAAGUUUGGAUGAGAAAGCAUCACGAGGAAAUCUUACAAAAGCGCCGCCGCCGCCGCCGCCAGCUGUCGCCAAUGUUAAAAAACCGGCGAGGAAAUCUCUUCCUAAGUUACCGUCUGAGAGCACAAACUUCUCGAAUGAAAAGAAGAAACCUGUGAAUACUUCUUCGAAAGGAAUCGAGCAUGAGGCGCCGGACGAGGAAAUGUGUAAUAAAGCUGCAAUUGCGUCUGAUUCGCCACCGGAUGAGGCGGCGGGUAAUAACGCAGCUGAGCUGGUCGAGAAUCAGGCCGACGUUCAAUGAGGAGGAGAGAUUGAUGACGACGACGGCAUCCUUGAGGACAGUGUGUUAGUAGUAAAGGAUCAAUGUCUGAUGUUAUCUGCUGGAGAUUCAGACAAUUUGGAGAUAUGCUGUGAUUUACUACUUGCUUACUACAAUGUUGUUGAGAGCUGUUGUGCUUCAACUUUUGUUUCGUUUUUAGAUAUAUAUCGAAGUUUUGGGGCAAUUAUUAUGAAAAUCUGCAGUCGCUAUUGUUCGGGUUGUUUUUUAAUUUGAAAUUUUUGUCUUUGGGGUAAUGCAA